AUAUGGCUCCAGUAGUUACACCGUACUUUCUCUUCACCUAAUCAGAAACCUCCCUGCCAAGACCAGUUUGCCAAGGAGAAAUUAAGUCUCCUUUACCUCUUCACUACUGCAACUACAGAAGCAACUGAAGCAAGGCGACCUCCUUGUGGAGUUACAGUCCGUACCCACGGAAGCACCACUUCCGCUGACGUCAUCACGGCGACACGUGGAUCCAAGAUGGAGGCAGCGGUGCAGGCUUGGUGGCCGAGGCUCCUGCUGCUUCUCUGCCUCACGUGUGAAACAAGCACCUUCUAUGUCCCUGGAGUCGCACCUAUCAACUUCCACCAAAACGACCCAGUGGAGAUCAAGGCUGUGAAGCUUACCAGCUCUAGAACCCAGCUUCCUUAUGAGUACUACUCACUGCCCUUCUGCCAGCCCAGCAAGAUAACCUACAAGGCGGAGAACCUGGGAGAGGUGCUGAGAGGGGACAGGAUUGUCAACACCCCUUUCCAGGUUCUCAUGAACAGUGAAAAGAAGUGUGAAGUUCUGUGCAGCCAAGCCAGCAAGCCAGUGACCCUGACAGUAGAGCAGAGCCGGCUAGUGGCUGAGCGCAUCACAGAGGAGUACUACGUUCACCUUAUUGCUGACAACCUGCCUGUGGCUACCCGGCUGGAACUGUACUCCAGCAACCGUGACACUGAUGACAAGAGGAAAGAAAAAGAUGUACAGUUUGAACAUGGCUACCGACUUGGCUUCACAGAUGUCAAUAAGAUCUACCUGCACAAUCACCUCUCGUUCAUCCUUUAUUACCACCGGGAGGACAUGGAAGAGGAUCAGGAACAUACAUACCGUGUCGUCCGCUUCGAGGUGAUUCCCCAGAGCAUCAGGCUGGAGGACCUCAAAACAGACGAGAAGAGUUCAUGUACUCUACCUGAGGGUGCCAACUCCUCACCCCAAGAAAUUGACCCCACUAAGGAGAAUCAGCUGUACUUCACCUACUCUGUGCACUGGGAGGAAAGUGACAUCAAAUGGGCCUCUCGAUGGGAUACUUACCUAACCAUGAGUGAUGUGCAGAUCCACUGGUUUUCUAUCAUCAACUCUGUCGUGGUAGUCUUCUUCCUGUCAGGCAUCCUCAGCAUGAUUAUUAUCCGGACACUGCGGAAGGACAUCGCCAACUACAACAAGGAGGAUGACAUUGAAGACACUAUGGAGGAGUCUGGGUGGAAGCUUGUGCACGGUGAUGUCUUCAGGCCGCCCCAGUAUCCCAUGAUCCUCAGCUCUUUGCUGGGCUCGGGCAUUCAGCUCUUCUGCAUGAUCCUCAUCGUCAUCUUUGUGGCCAUGCUUGGGAUGUUGUCGCCCUCCAGCCGGGGAGCUCUCAUGACCACUGCCUGCUUCCUCUUCAUGUUCAUGGGGGUGUUUGGUGGAUUUUCUGCUGGCCGUCUCUACCGAACUCUAAAAGGCCAUCGGUGGAAGAAAGGAGCCUUCUGUACGGCGACACUAUACCCUGGUGUGGUUUUUGGCAUCUGCUUUGUGUUGAAUUGCUUCAUCUGGGGAAAGCACUCAUCAGGAGCGGUUCCAUUUCCCACCAUGGUGGCUUUGCUGUGUAUGUGGUUCGGGAUCUCCCUGCCCCUCGUCUACUUGGGCUACUACUUCGGCUUCCGCAAGCAGCCAUAUGACAACCCUGUGCGCACAAACCAGAUUCCCCGGCAGAUCCCUGAACAACGGUGGUACAUGAACCGAUUUGUGGGCAUCCUCAUGGCUGGGAUCCUGCCCUUCGGUGCCAUGUUCAUUGAGCUGUUCUUCAUCUUCAGUGCAAUCUGGGAGAACCAGUUCUACUACCUCUUUGGCUUCCUGUUUCUGGUUUUCAUCAUCCUGGUGGUGUCCUGUUCACAAAUCAGCAUCGUCAUGGUGUACUUCCAGCUGUGUGCAGAGGAUUACCGCUGGUGGUGGAGGAAUUUCCUUGUCUCAGGGGGAUCUGCAUUCUACGUGCUGGUUUACGCCGUCUUUUAUUUUGUUAACAAGCUGGAUAUCGUCGAGUUCAUCCCUUCUCUCCUCUACUUCGGCUACACCACCCUCAUGGUCCUGUCCUUCUGGCUGCUCACAGGAACCAUUGGCUUCUAUGCAGCCUACAUGUUUGUCCGCAAGAUCUAUGCUGCUGUGAAGAUAGACUGAGUGGGUGGACCAACGCCAGGCCCACUCCAUCCUCAGACAGGAAGCCACCCUGCGUGGGGAGCUGCAGGCACACAAAAUAAAAUAACUCCUGCUCAUUUGGAAUGUAACUCCUGGCACAGUGUUCCUAGACCCCCAGGCUGCAUGGGGGGCAGGAGGGCCUGUAGAUAAACCUUGCA